AUGGCUACUCCAGAUCACCUCAGAAUUUUCGCACCCAUCGGCCAGCUUGGUCAAAGCUUCAGCGAGCAGGUCUUGUGGCGCACCCUCGAAGCUGGCGCCGAUGUAAUCAUUGCAGAUGGAGGUUCGACGGACAGUGGGCCUUCACGUUUGGCCCUUGGAAAGCCCAAUGUACCAUUGAAUUGUCUGGAGCGUGAUGUCAAGCUUUUCGCAAAGGCAGCAGCUUUGUUUAAAGUCCCCGUCAUUAUUGGCUCAAUUGGUGGUAACGGAGAGAACAGGUUUGUUGAUAUGUGCGCAGAAUUCGUUGCAAGGGCUGUUAUGGAGAAUGGCUUUCGCCCUCUGAAGGUUAUCAAGAUUUACGCCGAGAUCGACAAAGACUAUGUCCGACGAAAGAUGGAAGAGGGCGCUAUCAGCCCUUGCGGCGACGGCGUCCCCGAGCUCACCAACGACGAUAUCAAUUCUAGUACCCGUAUAGUCGCUCAGAUGGGUCUCGAACCGUUCCUGAAGGCGUUAAAUGACCAUCCUGACUUGGACAUGAUCAUCGCUGGGCGAGCAUAUGAUCCGGCGCCUUUCGCAGCGUACGCCAUGUACAGAGGGUUUACAAAUCUUGAAGGCAUCGCUUAUGCCAUGGGAAAAAUUAUGGAGUGUGGUGGUAUGUGCGGUAUCCCGAAGACCAAGGAAGGAAUGGCAAUCCUUUACCGUGACAGCUUCGACGUGGCACCUUGUGAUCCUCGAGCAAGAUGUACAGAACUUGGUGUCGCUUCGCACUUCCUGUACGAGAACCGAAGGCCCGAUAUACUUCUUGGACCUGGUGGAGUAAUUCACCUCGACAAAGCCACCUUCGAGCAGAUUGACGAUAGAACUGUCAAGGUUCGAAAUAGCACUUUUGAGCCGGCCAAAGAGGGCGAAUACACCGUCAAACUAGAAGGCGCUCGAGUUAAUGGAUAUCAGACAAUCUUCCUUGGCGCGAUUCGAGAUCCGAUACUCUUGAGACAACUCGACGAUUUUAUUGCUUUCCUGUUGGCCUACGUUGAGGAUAAGUACUCUCACGUCAAGUAUGAGGCCAAGAUUCAUAAGUAUGGUGUUAAUGGUGUCAUGGGGCCCAACGAGCCAGACCCGACUACUUCGAAGGAAGUCUUCAUCGCAGGUGCCAUUCGAGCCCCAACCCAAGACGAGGCAGACCAGGUCGCAAGCAUGCUCAAGUUUGCUUUUGUCCAUGGACCAUACAAAGGCCAGCUCAACAAUGCUGGUAACUUUGCGUGGCCUUUCAAUCCUUCCGAAAUCGCUAUGGGCCCAGUAUCGGAGUUCUGCAUCUACCAUAUCAUGAAAGGGGUUGAUCCGGUAGGCCUGUUCCCACAGGUGGUUUACAACAUUCCUGGUCCCAAUACAUACAUUCGUGAGAAACGUGGGUAUUCCAUUCCCUCUCUGUACUCAGGUGCUUAUAUAUAUGCAGUUGACUCGCAAGUCGGUAUAGCGAAAGCAGACGCGAAGAGGGCGGUCAUGCUGGAUGCUGAUGUGCCAGUGCGCUUAUCACCUGAUCCACCCCCCGGUCACUGCUACCUUGCCGACCUCACCAGCCUUCUGCGGAGUAAGAACGCUGGUCCUUACGAGAUGACACUCGAUGCCAUGUUUCCCAACACAGAGAUCUACGAAAAGGUCAAGGCAACAGGCAUCUUGAAUAAAAAGACCAUCGCCAAAUUAUACAAAGUUCCUGAGCAUAAGAUCGUGGCCGAUCUCUUCUUCGAUCAAGCGCUGGCUUACAAGGCGACGAUCGUUCGGAAUACAAUUUGUGGAGGGUUUGGAGAGACUGACACUCAUGGAUCGCAACAACACACUCCGAUGAUGUACUUACAGCUGCCAAUUCCGCGGCCUUUCUGA